UAAUAACCAUGACCACUAAUCGCUCCCACACCUAGAAGAGCCAAACCGCCCACAGAGUUUGGGCCGCCGAGGGACCACCCCAUUCCGCCAACUUCCGGGCAGUCCAGUUUCCCUUCCAGCCAAGCUGGCGUCUUUGUAAGACCGUCGUUCUCCGUGCCGCAGUCGAUUGUGCCGCCCAACACGAGUACCGUGGACAUUAGGACUAGCGUGUCUAUGCCGCGGGCCACGGACGCGGUCCAGGUAACACGGACUUCGGAGAGCGCGUUCAGCGUGAGCAAUCUGGAGCGCAUGAGGACUCUAGUCGGGCAGGCGGGCGGUGCCCUCCCACCCCAAAGGCCGGACGGCAACAUGUCCGUUUCCUUAACGUUGUCGGCCACGGCUGCGGAGGAUAUCAACGGGAUCGUCGCGGCGGUGGCGGACUUGGUUCGCGUGCCGGUUCCGACGAGUUACGAGAUCAGCGAAGGGGUGGACUAUCCCAGCUCCAUGGCAGAACACUUCAGAAUGCAGCAGCAGCAAAGAAAGGGGGACGGCGGAGUCCUCCCCCCGCAAGGCGUCAGUCUUGAGACCUUACUGCAACAGGGGAAGCCCAAGUUCUGUCGACACUGUGACGUAGUGGUACAAGGGGACGGCAUUAGGAAAGCAAGUUCCGAUUUCCCCUUCCUGAGAGACCAGGAGGGCAGAAGUGAUCAGGUCAGGACUAGAUUUGUUGCUCAGGAUUCCUCUGACUCCGACUCAGAGCUCACCUUCUGUAGCUCCACCUGUCUUAUGCAGUUUGCCAUCUCACUGCAGAGUAGGGGCAGGAGAGAGACCAAGGAGAAAGCAGGGUCCAUCGUUGACCAUAGAAGCAGGGACAUCGUCAGGCCACAGCACUCUGAGAUCCCCAUCCAUCUCAGUCCCACCUAUGUCAACAACACCUCCAAACCCUUCUCAGAAGGUCAGGGGUCAGAGGGCAAGAGUGAACGACCCCGCCUGAAGAGGAGGUCAGAUUCAAACACAUCCCAGACCUCCCAGGACCUGCCUCCAGAACCCCCCAAGGUGCUAAUAAAGAAAUGGAAGGGUGUUCGGUGGAGGCGGUGGGAGGUGUCCAUCCUGGUGCCCAAGUCCACGUACAGACCACCCAGCGAGAAGGAGAUCGACGAGCUCAUGUCCAAGCUGGGCACGUGCCUGAAGCCCGACGACCUUCCGGUGGAUUCCCGCUGCUGCGUGCUAUGUGGGAGAGCUGGGGACGGCGACACUGAGGCAGCGGCAAGAUUGCUCAACAUGGACCUGGACAUGUGGGUGCAUCUGAACUGUGCGUUGUGGUCCACCGAGGUGUACGAGACCCUGAACGGCGCGCUCAUUAACGUGGAGAUGGCGUACAAGCGCGGCCAGACGCUGGCCUGCACGGCCUGUAACAAGUUCGGCGCCACCAUCACGUGCCAUCGCUACAACUGCAAGAGGAUCUACCACCUCAUCUGUGCCAUCAAGGAGAACUGUAUGUUCUUCAAGGACAAGACGGUGAUGUGCCCCGUCCAUGCGCCAAACAAACACGAGAACGAGCUGGUCAGCCUGUCAGUCUUCCGCAGGGUGUACAUCAAUCGGGACGACAGCAAGCAGAUCGCCAAGAUCAUGCGUAACUACGGUGAGAAGAAGUACACCCUCCGUGUGGGAAGCCUCAUCUUCCACAACGUGGGGCAGCUGCUCCCGCACCAGCUCCAGGCCUUCCACACCAGGACUGCCAUCUACCCGAUUGGUUUUGAGGUGACUCGCCUGUACUGGAGCAUGCGCUACGCCAACAAGCGCUGCCGGUACGUGUGUCGUGUGGAGGAGAACCAGGGACGGCCACAGCUCGUCAUCCGUGUCAUCGAACAGGGGCAUGAGGAUGUUGUCUUCAAGGGGUCCACGCCCAAAUUGGUCUGGUUGAACAUCCUCGAGCCCAUUGAGAAGAUGCGGCGCGGGUCGGACGUGCUGAAGCUGUUCCCCAACUUCAUCACGGGAGAGGACCUCUUCGGGCUGACCGAGCCGGCCGUGCUCAGGAUCGUGGAGUCGCUUCCUGGUACUGAGAUGCUGCAGGACUACUUUUUCCGCUACGGCCGCCAUCCUCUGAUCGAGUUGCCAUUGGCGAUCAACCCAACGGGCUGCGCUCGCUCCGAACCCAAGAUGCGCACCUACAUCAGAAGGCCCCAUACUCUGACCAGCAGUAACACAUCGCGGUCCAGCCAGACAACUCUGACAGGGGAGUUGCUGUCCCCCUACCAUAAGCAGUUUGCCCAGUCCAAGUCGGCGCAGUACCGCAAACUCAAGCAGGAGUGGCGCAACAACGUGGUGCUGGGACGCUCACGGAUACAGGGUCUCGGCCUGUUUGCAGCCAAGGACAUUGACAAGCACGUGAUGGUGAUCGAGUACAUCGGAGUCAUCAUCAGGAACGAGGUCUGCAACAAGCGGGAGCACAUCUACGAGGAACAGAACCGCGGAGUCUACAUGUUCCGUAUCGACUCUGACCUCGUCAUCGAUGCCACGCUCGCCGGGGGCCCUGCCAGGUACAUCAACCAUUCGUGUAACCCAAACUGUGUGGCCGAGGUGGUGAACUUUGAGAAGGAACAAAAGAUCAUCAUCAUCUCAUCACGGCGGCUUAGCAAAGGAGAGGAGCUGACCUAUGACUACAAGUUUGACAUCGAGGAUGAUGAACAGAAGAUCCCGUGCUGCUGUGGUGCCCCCAACUGCCGAAAAUGGAUGAACUAAGCAUCACACAAACCCCCCUCCCAAACCCCCUCUGGAAAAGAGUGCAAGACUUGGUCAGUCGUUUACAGUGUCAGAAAUUGUUCGGUUCGAAUUUGCUACACCAGUGCAAACAGACUGACUCGGUCGGUUGCGAAAAAGCAGAUGGAAGGACUACAUUUCCCAUACAUCCCAUUGUUUGUUAGUGUGUGUACAGAAGAUGAUUGUCAUAAUCGUUAGACUUUUUAAGGACAAAGUGGCUGUGGCCAAGAGCAUUUACCAUGAAACAAGUUGAACAGAAUCAUGUACUGAACCUGAAGAAAUGCUGCAAUACUCAAGCCACCCUGUAAGUAGAAAUAUAGCGUCUAGCUACGUCUCCAAUCCUGUCUACUGGGUAGUCACGAUUUCUUUUACUCUUGCAAAAAAGACGCCGUCACAUUUUUGGCGACGCCUAAGGGGCGAAGCCAUUUUUAUUACCCGUGUAUAUAGUGUACAUAGCAUAUGGCAGGAGCGUGUCUGUGUAAUUAAAUGCAAGGAGUGAGUUAGUUUAGAAGAGGGAUGCGACUCGAAGCUGCAUAGACGGCACAUCCUGAGUAUUUUGAUUCCGCUAGUUUAGUUAGGAGAGGAACAUCACUGCCAUGCAAAGGAGGUAAUUCAGCAAAACCGAUGUGUAAUGUGUAAAUAUUGGAUUACUACAGAGGAUUACAACUACUACACGCACUGGUAGUUCUAAGUUACAUGUUGGUCUGGCAUAUUCCAUGGCAGUAUCAUUUUCCCAAUCAGUACCAUGUACACAAUUAAUUAACUCAUUGAUUGAUUGAUACGAAAUCAAUUUUGUUGCUGUGCUGUCCGAGCAACAGACAAGAUUUAAACUGCAAACCUUUCAAAUGAUAGAGGCUUAAAGUAAUAUACUGUGUGGUUGGUUAUCGGUGGACGACUUGGAGGCGAAAUAUGGCAGCUGCAAAGGUAAAAAGUUAUCCCCCGUUCGCGCUUUUUUGUACGGCAAAGACAGAAAGCAGUGCUGUAUGGUGCAUAAUCAUGUUAAAGUACGGUCUCCAGUAUGUACAAAUCACUGAAUAUCAAUCGACCAAUGAACGACGUGCUUUAGGACCACGUAACCGUAGCGACGUGGCGUCGCCAUGACAGUGGUUGGUAGGCGGGGCUAUGCUUCCGUUGCCGGGAUAGAAUCCCGAGUUGUAGGCAAACUAACUAACACAAAAUACAUGCCCACAAUGGAGGCCUAUUGGAGCCCUUAGGUAAAUGAUGAUAGGUUAUUCCGUACACACAUGUAUUGGUUAAGAUGAUGAUCCCAUGUAUGUAACCGAGCCUUGUACAAAGAGUGAAAUUUGUAAAGACCUAAUUUUGAAUUCGUACAGUUAGUUUUCGAAUCCAGAUUUUUGUCGACCCUGUGCAGUGACUGUAUGUGUUUGAGUAUGUGUUUGUAGCAGGACUAUUUUCAAUAACUUUUUGGAGUCUGACUUUUCAAUAUGCAUUAUAGAAUCCAUAUUAUCUUUGUAUUAGUCCAAGUGUAUAGUAAAUGGCAAACUUUGUAGCCAAAAUUCCUUUUGGCUCAUCGUGUUGCUGUGCUGUGACUGAAAAAUAGAUCUUGUUUGUUCAGAGUAUUUGAACUUCUGAAACUGUCCCUAUAAAUGGAUAUCCCUAUAGUUAGACUCCUUCAUUUCACUCUGUGAUGCUACCUGUGUGAUUUCUAGUUAAAUAAUAAGGAACAGAAAGACUAUAAAACUUUUAUUUUUGUGGCAUAACAAUCACAUUAUAAGCUAAGGUACGAAAGUGUAAUAAUAAAGGUAUAUUUAUGAAUAACUCAACGUUUAUCACCACAUAUGUACAUGUAGUUUAACCAAUGGCCAAUCGUGUACAGUCUGUGAUUUUGGGAUAAAUUAUUCCAAUUAGUGCUGAGAGUGAUUAAUUAGUGACCUAGUUAAUUAGGUGUCCAAAGAAGGGAGGGUACUACAGUAUAGUGUGACUUGUAUGUGCGGUAUGGUAUUUUGCAUAUAGUGCGCAAACCCGUGUAUUUUAUAAUAUCUCUUUUUUGGUUACAAAAUAAAUGUCUUUUUACUGAGGUGAAAAAAAA